GCUUGGUUUUUGUUUUUUUAAAUUAUAGAUUCACACUGCAUUUAUCACAUCCCAGUUUUACCACCAGUGACACAAAAUGCCAAGAUCUGGCUACUUUCACUCCUCUGCGCGUUUAGAAGAGUCGAGCACUUGCUUUCGGAACGCCCUUCUGAUUGGCUGAGCCAAUGCCAGUGACAUCAACCAACUUACUUUUGAUUGGAAGGCUGGUUGCUGGGACUGUAGCGUUUGCAGGAAGUCACUUAACUAUUUGCGGACUGGGAAACCGAAGCUGAAGUUGUGUUUUGUCCUAAGGAGGGUGUAACCAGCUAGGGAAUAUGUGUCCCGAAGCUGCGCCAGCUGGCAUGUGAGUCGGGAGCCUGGGCGCGCACGCGGACCGGAGGGCACCCGCGGAGAUGCCCGGCCGCUGGUCGCCGGCCUCGGCAGUUACCCUUUUAAAUGUCAGCGACCAGGCUGGAGGGGCAGCACGAGGCGGCGGAACGGAACGGUCGGAUUGGCCGCGGGCCGCAGUUCCAGACGCACCUCUUCACCGUAGGGCCCUUCUGACUGGCAGGGGGAGAAAGUAAACAGAGUUGAAUCACCCUCCCCACUGGCCAAUUGGAGGGGGGCUGGAUUGUGACGUGAUGGGAUUCUGCGAAAUUGUUACUGAGCUGGAGAAUGCCGGAGACGCACGGAGCGGCAGGCGCAGGGGCUCAGAGGCCGUCGGCGGACGCGGGAAGAAGUGUCUCCUAGACGCUGCGCGCGCCGCCCUAGCCACCGGCGUGGGCGUGCUGGGCUGAGCUCCGGGGGCUUCGUUGGACGGAGGCGCGGCCGAGGGCGUGCCUGGCUUGCAGUUUCCUCUCCCAGCAACUCGGGGGCGUUUGCAGUCGAAUAAACUUGCGACCGCCACGUGUGGCAUCUUUCCAGGGGAGCGGGCUCCGGACACCGGCGCGCCCGUCGGGGGAUCGCGGGACGCCGGGCAGGGCGGCGGCUACAGCGGCGGAGCGGGCCGCGGAUGCUGCGUGCGGAGGCGCUGCCGGUUACGUAAAGAUGAGGGGCUGAGGUCGCCGAGCACUCCCGCGAGUAGCAAGCGCCCCCGCCCCCUUGGCCGCACAGUGCCGCGCUCGUCGUCCGAGGCCAGGGCAGGGCGAGCCGAAGCUCCGCAGCCACCGCCAAGUUCGGCCGCGCCGCCCGGGCUGCUGUCGCCCGCACCAUGUCCGCGGCCGCCUACAUGGACUUCGUGGCUGCCCAGUGUCUGGUUUCCAUCUCGAACCGCGCCGCGGUGCCAGAGCAUGGGGGCGCUCCGGACGCCGAGCGGUUGCGACUACCUGAGCGCGAGGUGACCAAGGAGCACGGUGACCCGGGGGACACCUGGAAGGAUUACUGCACUCUAGUCACCAUCGCCAAGAGCUUGUUGGAUCUGAACAAGUACCGACCCAUCCAGACCCCCUCCGUGUGCAGCGACAGUCUGGAGAGUCCGGAUGAGGAUAUGGGAUCCGACAGCGACGUGACCACCGAAUCUGGGUCGAGUCCUUCCCACAGCCCAGAGGAGAGACAGGAUUCUGGCAGCGCGCCCAGCCCGCUCUCCCUCCUCCACUCUGGAGUGGCUGCGAAGGGGAAACACGCCUCCGAAAAGAGGCACAAGUGCCCCUACAGUGGCUGUGGGAAAGUCUAUGGAAAAUCCUCCCAUCUCAAAGCCCAUUACAGAGUGCAUACAGGUGAACGGCCCUUUCCCUGCACGUGGCCAGACUGCCUUAAAAAGUUCUCCCGCUCAGAUGAGCUGACCCGCCACUACCGGACCCACACUGGGGAAAAGCAGUUCCGCUGCCCGCUGUGUGAGAAGCGCUUCAUGAGGAGUGACCACCUCACAAAGCACGCCCGGCGUCAUACCGAGUUCCACCCCAGCAUGAUCAAGAGAUCGAAAAAGGCUCUUGCCAGCCCUUUGUGAGGUGCUCCCCAUGGCAGCCAGGCAGAGAUGGUCCCCAGAAGGAAAAAACUACCCCCAGAAAACAGAUGGACACAUGGAAACCCAGCCCCAACAGAGGCACGCUGGCCACAGGAGGUCACUGCUCUUUGGUCAUUAUUCUGAUGUUCCUCUCCCCGCACUGUUUCCAAAAAGCACAUGGUAGCCUAAGAUCAAAGCCAACAUUUGGUCCCCUCACAGAAGCAACUCUGAACCUGUCUCUGACUGUUGGAGGGCAGGCAAAUGCUUUUGGUAUUUUCUCCUUUGUUUUGGGGGGUGGGGGGGAGGGGGGGCAAAGCCAAGACUGGGGUAGAAUUUUGAAGAUUCACACUGGUGUACAUACGUCUGACUGGGUGAGUCGACCUGUGGCAUCCCACGGCGACUCUGGGCCCUUUAUGCUUGCUGACUCUCAGAAUUGUUUUCCUAUCUUUUAAUGUAAUGACGAGUGUGCUUCAGUUUGUUUAGCAAAAUCACUCUCUUGAAUCACGUUAACUUUUGAGAUUUAAAAAAAAAACCUCCAUAGCACAGCUGUCUUUACGCAAGCAAGAGCACACCUACUCCAGCAUGAUCUGUCAUCUAAAGACUUGAACACAAAAAAGUUACUUAUAGCCAAUGGAUAAGCAGAUUCCGAAUUUACACUAAUCAAGACAAACCUUCGAGAGUUUACGCUAAGUCUGGAACUUUCAAACCUUGCUUUGUAUCAGUUGUACUUUUUGAACAUAAGCUGCACCUUUAUUUUCUAAUACAGAGGGUGAAUAAGUUAACACAUGCUUUGAGGAUAGAAGCAGACAUUCUGUUUGGCACCACGUUAUAAUCUGCUUAUUUUACAGUACACAUGUUUCCCUAAGAACUCAUGGCAGAGAUGUGAGGGCAGAAUAUUACAUAACACAUGCUGAGGAAGAGGAAGAGGAGGAGGAGAAAGAGGAAGGUAGUGUUUUAAAAAAUACAAAACCAAGCAAACAGAAUUUUAACUCUAUGAAUUUGUUCAAAUUUCCCUGUCCCUUCAGUUAACAUCUUACUAUACUUACGCCCCUAAGAGACAGAGCAGAGCUUUGGGCUCUGUCCGGUGUUGAUACAUGGGUGCAUAACCAUCACCAGGCCUGGAAAAAUGCCUAUUUUGUGGAGAGAAUGCUUUUUGGUCUCCUUCCCACGUUCCUAUGAAACUCCCACUAUGAGGUGCAAGAGUUCUGUCAAAGGAAAGGGAGCUGAAAUGAAAAAAAAAAAAAAAAAGUAUGCCCCUGUAAGUAGUAAGUAUCCAGGGACAAUACCACGAUGGUUUUGGAGGUGACUGCAGGACAGCUCCUCUUGGUAAACAUAAGUCAAAGAAACACAUGGGUAUGAACCACGUCACUGAACCGUGGGCAUCAGUAGCCAACCACUAUCUAGCUUGUAUCUGAAUGUCUGCAAUGGCCUAAACCACCACAUCCAUUCUAUGCCACUUACCGGAAACUUAAGUUUGGCUUCUACAUGGCCAGAAAAAUAAACUGAGUUUUCUUAGUUAAAAAGCAAAAACAAACAAAAACCUCAAAUGAGGGGAGUCAGCAGUGAUCAUGGGGGAAAUGUUUACAUUUUUUUCUUCAGAAAUACUGCUUUCUGACAAUUUUAUCUGACAUUUAAAACAGGGAGCUAUGGUGCACUCUAGUUUAUCCAUGUGCUACAUACGGGGUGCAAAACGCAGGGUGCCCACCUGCACACGAGCUCUGCAUUUCAUCCGGCACAUGCUCACUUCCAUGUCAGCAGCGGGCGCUCCUGCAGCGGGCACGGGUCACAGCUGACUCCAACUUCCAAUACAACAGCCAUCACUAGCACGGUGUUUUCUGUUUAACCAACGUAGUUAUAUUAGUAGUUCUAUCAAGAGAACUGCUUUUAACAUUAGGGACUGGGAGCAGUCCAUGAGCUAAAAAGGAAAGUGUUUUCUCAUGAGAAAACACGUCAGGAAAAAUAAAGAACACUUUCUACCUCUGUUUCAGAUUUUUGAAACGCUUAUUUUAAACCAAAUUUUAAUUUCUGUGUGCAAAAUAAGUUUUAAGGACAUCUGUUCUUCCAUAUGAAAUAGGUUAGGCUGCCUGUUUCUUCCUGAGCUCAUGGGAUGGCUCAUAGGAUGCUCUGCACGCUGCCUUUUGGUGAGUGAGGAGUUUGGGGUUGCCUAGCAACUUUCUAACUUGUAAAAACUCAGCUUCCCCUCACAGAAGGAAAUGAAGGAAAACAAAGUCAGUGAAAGACAAUCUCUAUUGUUUCAGGAGUAAAUCUCUAUGUGGCUUUUGUCACAUACUUAGAUCAAUAUAAAUGCAGCAACUUGUUUUAAAAAAAUGCACAAUUCAUUUCCCGAAAGAGUUGCUAUUUGCCUUUUCAAGUUGUUGACAGACACACAUUUGAUAUUCUCUUAUAUGUUAUAGUAACAUAACGUAUAAACUCAAGGCUUUUUAUUCUUUGUGAUAAAUCCUGUUUUACAAUGUCGCAAAACAGGAACCAGCAUUCUAAUUAGAUUUACUAUAUCAAGAUAUGGUUCAAAUAGGACUACUAGAGUUCAUUGAACACUAAAACUAUGAAACAAUUACUUUUUAUAUUAAAAAGACCAUGGAUUUAACUUAUAAAAAUCCAAAUGCAGGAUAGUAAUUUUUGUUUACUUUUUUAACCAAACUGAAUUUUUGAAAGAUUAUUGCAGGUGUUUAAAAAGAAAGAAAAGCUGUUUUAUCUAAUACUGUAAGUAGUUGUUAUUCAUGGAAAAUAUAAUAGUUUUAGAGUUAAGAUAUCUCCUCUCCUUGGUUAGGGAAGAAGAAAGCCUUUCACCAUUGUGGAAUGAUGCCCCAGCUUUAAGCUCCACAUCACGCUUUUUUGAGAAUUAUAUUUGGUAGUUAUAAUUACAGAAGCCAAUUAGUUUGUCAGUUUGCAGAUAGAUUUAGCACAGUACUCAUCACCCUGGGUAGAUCAAGAUGUUCUUUCACAGCGGAUGAAUGGUCUGUAACACUGUAAGAUACUGAUCCUUACAACUGUUUAAUCAGUUUUAUUUUUGUACAGUAUUAGUGACCUAAGUUAUUUUGCUGUCCCGUUUUUGUAAAUCAAAUGAAAUUAUAAGAGGAUUCUGACCGUAGGUAUUUUGUACAUAUGUAUAUAUGUUGUCCAAAUAAAAAUAAUAAAUGAUAAAGAUUGAA